AGGGGGAAGGCUACAAAAGAUAGACAGACUUUUGGAAACUUUAGUGACUGGAAAUCUACAUCUACUUUGUGGGACAAACUAUUACGAUACACAAAAAGCAAAGAACUCAAGACAGGAGAAAAGCCUGAAGAUGGACGACCCAACCCAGUUAAAAGAUGAGGGAAAUAAACACUUCCAGGCAGGUGAAAUUGACAAGGCCAUUGAAUGCUACACCAACGCCAUCAAGGUUUGCAAGGACAAGAAAUUGCUGGCUGUCAUUUACAGGAACAGAUCUGCAUGCUUUCUAAAAAAGGAAAGUUAUUCCAAUGCAGCCUCUGAUGCAACUAAAGCAAUUGAUGUGGAUGCAGCAGACAUUAAAGCCUUAUACCGUCGCUGUCAGGCCCUGGAGAAACUUGGAAAACUGGACAUGGCCUUCAAAGAUGUGCAGAGAUGUGCCACUCUUGAACCAAAGAAUAAGACAUUCCUGGAUACUCUCCGCAGGCUUGGAGCAGAAAUUCAGGCAAAACUCAAGACGACCUUUUCCACAGAUUCCAGGGUGCAGAACAUGUUCGACAUUCUCUUCGAUGAAGAAAUGGAUAAAGAUAAAAAGGAAAAAGCUGCCAACAACUUAAUUGUGUUGUCAAGAGAAGAUGCUGGAGCAGAGAGAAUCUUCCAGAAUAAUGGAGUACCUCUGCUGCUCAACAUGAUAGAGACGGGAAAACCGGAAAUGAUCCUGGCUGCCGUGCGUACGCUGUCAGGAAUGUGCACAGGACACAAAGCUCGGGCCAUGGCCAUUAUUAACAUGGUCGGUGUUGAUAAGAUUUGCAGCAUCAUGGCUCUUAAUAAUGAAGAAAUUGCUUUGGCGACGUCGAACCUCUUCCAGUGCAUCAACGACUCUCUUACUGGUGCAGACACAAGGGAGUAUGGGAAAGAAGCCGCUUUGGUUUUAGAUGCAGCCAAAGAUCUGAAGACUAUUCUUCUUGCUCUGCUGGAGAUGACUGCCAAUAAGAAUGUGUCUGGCUAUGGCAGAGAUCAGGCACUGAAUCUCUUGUCCAAGAACGUACCUCGCAGUAAUAAAAAAGACCCAGAUCACUCACGGACGCUCUUCACCAUUGAUCACGGUCUAAAGAAGAUCCUCAAGGUUUGUGGCCAAGUUCCUGAGCUACCAGACCAACUACCUUUGACAGAGAACUCACAGCUGAUUGCAAGUGUGCUCCUCAACAAGUUAUAUGAUGACCUCAAAUGUGACCCAGAAAGAAAUAAUUUCAGGGACAUUUGUGAUCAAUAUAUCAAAUCCAAAAUCGACCCCAAAGACAUGGACAAGACACUGCAUGCUAUUAACACAAUCUCAGGGCUGCUGCAGGGUCCCUUUGACGUUGGAAAUGCCCUGGUGGGGCAUCAAGGCAUUAUGGAGAUGAUGGUCGCUCUGUGCGGCUCUGACCGGGAGGUGGACCAGAUGGUGGCGGUGGAAGCUCUCAUCCAUUCCUCCACCAAGAUGAGCCGGGCCAGCUUCAUCAUCACAAAUGGCGUUUCCCUGCUCAAGGACAUCUAUAAGAAGACCACGAAUGAAAAGAUUAAAAUCCGUGCGCUGGUGGGUCUCUGUAAACUGGGCUCCGCUGGAGGUGACGACUACAGCUUGAGGCAGUUCGCUGAAGGAUCUACAGAGAAGCUGGCAAAGCAGUGCAGAAAGUGGCUUUGUAAUCCCAAGAUUGAUGCCAAAACAAGGAAGUGGGCUAUUGAAGGUCUUGCCUAUCUGACAAAUGAUGCUGAUGUCAAGGAUGACUUUGUGGAGGAUGAGUUGGCUUUGAAAGCCAUGUUUGAGCUGGCUAAGUCCACAGAUAAGACAAUUAUUUAUGCAGUUGCCUGCACUCUAGUAAACUGCACCAACAGCUAUGAAAAGAAGGAAAUCCUCCCUGAGCUGGUUCAACUGGCCAAAUUUUCCAAACAGCAUGUUCCUGAGCAGCAUCCCAAGGACAAGAAGGAUUUCAUAGACAAGAGAGUGAAAAGGCUGCUGAAGGCUGGGGUCACUUCAGCACUUGCAGUCAUGGUCAAAGCUGACAGCUCUAUCCUCACCGACCAGACAAAGGAGAUGCUGUCAAGGGUUUUCUUGGCAUUGACAGCUGAUCCAAAAGAUCGAGGGACUAUUGUUGCCCAAGGUGGAGGAAAGGCUUUGAUACCACUCGCUCUGGAAGGAACAGAUGCUGGAAAAGCCAAAGCCAGCCACGCCCUUGCCAAGAUAGCAGCUGCCUCAAACCCAGCGAUCGCCUUCCCUGGGGAAAGGGUGUAUGAGGUGGUGCGGCCUUUAGUGAGCCUCAUUCACACGGACAAGGAAGGCGUUAUGAACUAUGAGGCUCUGAGAGGACUCACGAACUUUGCGGCAUUCAGCGAAAAACUAAGGGCAAAGAUUGUAAAGGAAAAAGCUCUACCAGAGAUCGAGAACCUCAUGUUUGAGGAGAACGAGAAGAUCAGACUGGCUGCGACUGAAUGCAUGUGUAACCUUGUGGCAUGCAAAGAGGUUCAAGAGCGUUACAUGGAAGAUGGCAAUGAUAAGCUGAAGCUGCUGGUGUUGCUUUGUGGAGAAGAUGAUGAUAAAAUUCAGAUAGCAGCAGCUGGAGCUCUGGCCAUGAUCACUGCUGCUCAGAAGAAGCUGUGCACUAAAUUGACUCUGGUGACUGUCCAGUGGCUUGAGAUCCUGCAGAGGUUGUGUCUUCACACCAACCCAUACAUCCAGCAUCGUGGUAUAGUGAUUGUUUUCAACAUGCUCGACUCAGACAACAGUGAGCUGGCCAAGAAGCUGAUCGAGAGCGAGUUGCUGGAAAUCCUCUCUGUGAUUGGAAAAGCAGAGGACAACCCCAAGCGGCAGGAACCCAUUGAUGCGGCACGCGCAUGCCUCGUCAAAGCCAUGGAUCUCGGCCUCAUCAAACCCUUUUCCAGCCCGGCUUAAACAGAAACAAUUCAAGAAAAAGAAGUUUUAUUUCCUCUGUUGAAUAGAGGCAUUUUUCUAAAUACUUUUAAUCUACAUGAUCAAGAAAACUGUUGAUCUUUAUAAAAGAAACAUAAAUUUGAAUGUUGAUUUUUAGUUAAUGAUACUUGAGGAGUGAGACUGAUACGUGGGAAAAAUUUGAUAAUGUAACACAAAAAAGGAAUUGUUUAGUUAACCAAGUAGUGUUUUGGGCUUCUUUUGCUUUUUUCUAAGUUUAUAUACAUUUGCUUUUAUUUAAAUUGUAUUUUUAUGGCUACAAAUCAAAGUGACAUUCAGAUCUUUUGUUUUGUAUCAAAAGUUGUGCUAAUAAAUCAAGACUCAU